UCCCACCACCCCGCGGGAAGCAGCCUGGGAAGUAGCUAGGGUAGCUUCGAGGAGUCCGCACGCGCCGCAGCCGCCGCCUCUCCCCAGCGCCGCCACAGCCGCGCCCCAUGGCCAAGGGCAAGUUCAAGGGCAAGCCCACCGGGCAGCGCACCUUCUCCUCCAAGGAGGAGCUCGAGGCUGGUACUUCAGCAGAUCGCCCAAAGACCUUUUCUAAGAAGAAGCAAGAGGUAUCUAACAGAAGGGAAGAGUCAAUUGAGGAGGAAAGCGAUGAAGAGGUUGAGAAGACCAAACACAAAGGCACUGCAGGUCUCAUCGAGAUUGACAAUCCAAACCUGGUGAAACCAAAGAGUAUUAAAGCCAAGGAUGUUGAUGUUGAUAGGACAACUGAUCUCUCCAGGCGUGAAAGGGAGGAGCUUGAGAAGCAGAGAGCUCGAGCGCACUAUAUGAGACUUCAGGAGGAAGGGAAGACAGAACAGGCUAGGAAAGACCUAGAUCGCCUUACCUUGAUCCGGCGGCAGAGGGAGGAAGCUGCAAAGAAGCGCGAAGAGGAAAAAGCUGCGAAAGAGGAGAGGAAGGCUGAAGCACGCAAGUGAGCCAAGCUAUGGAUGGACCAGACAUGAUAGAUGUGUUUUGUUGCGAGACUCAACGCUGAUAUUAGCUGAACUUCCUUUUACUGCCUUUAUUAUUUGCCUGUAGUACUAUGCAGUAUGACCGAAGAACUGUGUGAAUGAUGCCUGUAGUAGUAUGCACUAUGACCGAAGAACUGUGUGAAUGAUGCCUGUGCUUUCAUCCCGUUAGAUGUGAAUUCUGAACUUGGGGUUGUUGAUCUUCAAGUUAGCAAAAGCUUCUGUUGUCCUAUAUAGGAUUCA